GACCCAGUACAUGGCAUUACAGAUAUCGCGAGAUGGAGGGCCUGCCUGCCUGCCUCCCUCCCACUUCCAGGCACAGUAGGCCUCGCGACAAGUGGGAUAUCUCGCGAGAGGACGUUAAAGGACUUCCUUAUCCUAUCCAGGAGGGGCGGGAAGACGAAAAGGUGGUGGUGAGGCUGGGCCUUUCUGGGGGCGAUGCCAUCCGCAUUCUCAGUCAGCAGGUUCCCCGUCAGCAUCCCCGCCGUAAUCACGCAGACGGACUGGACGGAGCCCUGGCUCAUGGGGCUGGCUGUCUUCCACGUGCUCUGCCUGCUGCUCACCUGCUUCUCAUCCCAGAGGUACAGGCUGCAGGUGGGGCACUUCCUGUGCCUGGUCACCUUGGUCUACUGUGCCGAGUACAUCAAUGAAGUGGCGGCGAUGAACUGGAGGUCAGGCAGGAAUCCUCGGGAGGCUGACACAGGCGGGGAGGGGAGCACAGCACCCCCAGCACCGCCCUCCCUGGAGAUGAUGCCACCCAAGCCGCGCCCUGCUUCCCGGGCCUGCCUGCCCUUGGCCUGACUCCAGGGCUCCGCAGUCACGGCCCAGCCCCGCGUUCCAGGCCCUGCUGUUGGGUGCGGAGCCUGCCCUCUGCCCAUACCUGGCCGUUCUUCCCCACUUUCCUUCCUGUUUCUAAUCAGGACGCACGCCUCCCGACCAGCCCUCAAUGGCCUGGGCCCCGCCCUGCAGGGCUCUGCGCCCUGUGACCCAGAGCUGCGCUGCGUGACUGAGUCAGUGACCUGAGUGUCUGUCAUCCAUGAGACCCUGGAGGGCAGCCUGGUUUGGCCAUGCUGCCCCGCCGCCGGGGAGACCCCUGGGUGUAGGCCGCUGCUCUCACCCCUUCAGAGGGGCCGGAGUUGUCCCUCUGCAGGGUUAGGAAGGUCACAUCUGACGUGGGACUGUGAGCUCUCCCCGAGUACAAUGGCGAUUCUGACCACCUCGUCCUCCUGUGCUCAGAGGCUCCUGCUGGGGUCCCGGGUGGUGUGGGAGUGGGGGUCCUGGUGGUCCAGAGGGGGCCGUCCUGCCCCCAGUGAGGGGUGGGCUUGCCGAGACGCCAUGAGCUAGAGAAGGUGGCAGGAAUGCCGUUUGUGCCACCCAGUAACCUGUAAAUCUUU